AUGGCGCGGCAGCUGCCCCGCACGGGUUCCUUCUCGGGCGUCUGGUGGAAGCUCGGGGACGACGCCGACGAGCAGCGCCGCCUCGCCGACGAGGAAGCCGCCGUCAAAGCCCGCAUCCAGAGGCGCCAUGCCACCGCCCGCGCCGUCCGCCGCACCAUUGCUUUCACAUCCCUCACCCUCGAGACUGCUGCGUUCGUUUAUGGGUUGUGGAUGGCCAGAAGACGACGACGCGACGGCAUCAACAAGACAAGUGCUGCUGCUAAGACGACGACGACGAAGCUACUGCUGCCCGUGCCCGCCUUUGCUGCCUUACUCUUCGCCGCCUUUUCCCGCUUCCACCAUUUCUUUGAUGCCAAGGACCAGCAGAAGCUCGAUCGGCUUCGUGCAGAGAGGAAAGCCAAGAUGGGGCUGCAUUCGAACGGAAGCCAUCACAACAUGCAAAAGCUCCUCAUCCAUAACCAGGAGUCUGAUCCAGGUUCUCCUGCUGCUGCUAAGAAAGGUCACUCCAGAUUGAGCUUCCAUGUCGGAGACGAUGAAUGAAUCAACGAUCUGAAUAUGCAUGGAUAAAUAAAUAUUUCAGAAAUCAGAGAACACUGGCACUUGCAUGUUUUACAGUCAAAACAAGGUGUACAUAUGCUGAUUAUUUGGGGCUCCACCAAUUUUUUUUUAAAAAUAUAUACUAAAGACUAUGCCAACAAAUUCAUGUAACGUUGCAUUAUUUUGCUGGAGCUAUCGACAAUUUUUCUGAUUUCAUAGGA